GUCACUUCCGGCUAGAAAAUGGAACAAGUAAAACUUGCUCCGCUACGUUCUAUGAAUGAUUUUUUAUUCGAAACUGCAAGGUUUCAGAUUCCACAAAUUAAUGAUCCAGAGAAGUGGUCGAACAGAGUAUUAAACAAUUUGCUUUACUACCAGACCAAUUAUUUUCUUACUGCAUUACUGAUUUUUCUAGUUAUUGGAAUAAUUCACCCUGUUCAGAUACUCUUGGGUUUUACUGCUUUAGCCAUUUGCUUUGGAGUGUUUGUCUAUUUUACUAAUACACAGAAUAAAGCAAAACGCUUUAAGCAUGAUCACCCAAUAUUCUGUGUUGCGGCCAUUAUAGCUGCAGGGUAUUUUGUGGUGUACAUGUUUGGAGCUGUACUUGUAUUUAUGUUUGGAAUUGCAUUUCCUAUGUUGUUGAUCUUGAUCCAUGCAUCUUUACGUUUGAGAAACUUUAAAAACAAAGUUGUGAACAAGAUGGAGUACGUCGGGCUGAAACGAACACCCAUGGGCUUGAUCCUAGAGGGGCUGGGGCAAGAGCAAGAAGCUGGAUCAUGAAUAAAAAAAUUAGUUGUUAAAAGAACCAAUUUGUUUAUUAACUUUAAUAUUAACUGAUUAUCAUAUACAUCUGUUUUUAUUGAAGUUUUGUAGAUUAUUAUGGAUAUAAUAGCUUAAGAAACAAUAGUAAACAAUGCAUUUAUUUUAUCCUACCCAACCUAAUUAUUUUAAAUUAUUCUAAACAGCAUUUAAUUUUCAAUUCACAGUUUUAUUUAUAAUGUGUUUAUGUUAUCGUUGAGAAUUUUUUUGUAGUUGGGUUAGUUUUUAAAAAUUCUAUAUAUCUUAUUUCUGUAUAGUUUUUUUUUUUUUUUAAAUAUGUUCAACAUUCUGAUAACUUAAACAUUACCACACCUUUAUGUCUGAUACACUAAUAUUAAUUUAUUGGCUAUUGGUAUAAAAUAAAUUCUAAAAGCAAUAAAAUUCCAGUCUAUUUAGUCUGAAUUUAAUAGCAGCAUUGGAUCUAUUCUUUCUUCACUCAAAAUAUGUGGAGAUGUGCAAAUAUCUCUACACUAUUUGUGUUUGAAUUUUUUCAACUUAAAUAUUAUAUCUAAUCUCUAUCAAAACUAUCUGUUCUGAAUGAUAUAGUCUUUCAUUGUAAUUGUAUGAGAUUAAAACUAAAAAUUAUUUAAAUAAAGGAAUAAAUUAUGACAUAGUUUGUUUUCAUAUAUUACAGCAAGUGUUCUAGUUCUAAAAUAUUAGUACUUUAGUAGUAUUACUUUUAUUCUGUUGGCAUUAAACAGUAAUGUUCAUUACAGCUUAAUGAAGGUAAUUGCAUAGAAUAUUGUGAUGGCUUGUGUUUUUGUUUUCAGUUUAUUUUGAUACUUGCAUACCCUAAAUACACACAUUUUAUGACUCUUAACAUGAGUACCUACAUAAAACCAUUCCUGCUGAGUUUGUACAGUACUAAGAGCUGCUUCAAGUGGGUUUCUUUUUAUUAUUUACCCAUAUCGCAUACCAUUGGAUUUAGUUAGUUAUGAAUUGAACAAUCCCUCCUAAAUGUUGCACAUGUUCCUUCUUUAAUCUCAUUCACUAGUUAGGGUAUGCUUGUAUCAGGUUUUUCUACAUAUGCAAUUGAUUACCAUUCAUUUUUCAUUAUUUUAUUAACAAAAAUCGUAAUUAGUUUUAUUAUUCAAUGACUAAAUUUGGGUAUGUAAAAUAAAAUUUGUUGGUAAUUAUCCUAUUUACAUUAAACCAAAUGGUGUAAUAUCACUGGGGUUAGUUGUCAUUCUUAUAUCUCUAUUUUAAUCUAACAACAUUAUAGCUGUUCAAAAUUUUAGCAGUAAAGACUUUGCUUUUCCCUCACUAAUUUUUUUAAAAUAAAUAUAUUAUUUUUUUACACCAAAGAUAAAAACUGCUGAUUUAGUAGAAGGUGGUAAAAAAUAUUCAUCUGACAUUAGAUUUUUUAUGACAAUAAAUAUCCCCUAAAAAAAGUACGACUUAAUAAUUACCUUUAGCGCUAUAAGUAAAGCGUUUCUUUUUUUCAGGCAAUUGACAUUCUCUUUUGAGACACUUUUACACAUAAAAUGUUUAUUUAAACUGAUUUCUUAUUAAACAGUAAAUUACUCAAAUAUGGAUUUUGUCAGAUGAACACCUAUAAAGGAGCUUGUCUAAUGGAAUAUUUAGAGUAUUGAAUUGUUGAAAGUUACAGAAACAUUGGAGCAAUAUUUUUUUUUGCACAUUUGUUUUAUUUCUUGUUUAUUUUCAAAGUGUGGUUCAGAUGUUAAGAAGAUUAUAUAAUUGUAUAUUCGACUAUCCUUUUAUAGUAAAUUACUGGUUUUGAAAAGCAUCAAAAAAACUUAAAUGAAACAGAAUGGUUUGUUUAAAAUUCAAAUAGCCAGCUUUGAUUAAAUAGAGUUUUAAAAAUAAUGAAUGAUAUAAAUGUGUCAUCAACAAAGAAAUAUAUACUUUUUCUGAUCUUAAAUGCAAUAAUUUUCAAUUUAUACAUAUUUGUCUUUCACUUUUAUCUUAGUGCAAACAUUUUUGUUUAAAAACUUUUUAAAGGAUACAAAAAUCUCUAUGAAUCUCCCUACCUGUUGUAUCUCAUUGUAAAUCGAAAAGUAUUCUGCUAACUAAAUGGGAUGUUGAAACAAAAAACUAUUUUAUUUGAUCAUCUAGAAUUCUAAGCUGACAGCAAUAUUAAAUGUACAGCUGAUCUUGAGAAUUUGACUGAUACAUGAACUUUGUAAUACAUACACUGUGUAAAUGAAAGUAUGGGCAUGUUUAUUAAUUGAUUUUGCGUGGUUAUACUAACAUUACAAAUGGAAGAAUUGUUUUACAUUUAUUUAAAUAAAUGGGUUUUUUUGUCCAAUGUUUUUACACACAAACACUUUUUUUCAUUCUGAUUUUGUGCACCAUGUCCUAUGUAGAAAAUACAUGUAGUAUUUAAAGCAAAAGUUACAUCUGGAAUUCAGUUGUUCCACCCUGUGGCUCAAUUUGUGAUUGCAUAUCUCAGUACUUUUUUUUAAAACCCUCCAUAUUUUGACAUUCACUUUAUAUUUUCUCUUCAAUGAACUAUUCACAAUUUUAAUUGCUUAGAGUUGUACCUUUAAAUGUGCUAUCAACAGAGGUGAAAUAUUGAUAAUUUUAAUGUUCUUUAUUUUUAAAAAUUGAAAUAUUUGUAUCAUAAACAGAUAAUUCAAUACACUUAAGUUCAUUUUUUAACAUUAUUUUAUUUUGAAUAACUUAUUAAUGGUUAUUUAAAUUUAGCCAUUUGAUUUGGGGUAAAACUAGUUUUAAUCCUAUUACUGAACUUAUUUACAUCUAUUUUCUAUAUUUCCUAAUACAUUAUUUAUAGGUCAUAUUAAAGAAAACCACCAGUGCUGUGCUUCCUUGAAAUAAAUGUUUUUCUCUUA